AAUUGUCAGCUAUUAAUGUCUUGACAAAUUUGUUCAGAAAGAGGAAGUGCAAUCUUCACCGCGACUUGAACGCCGGCGACGACUGAGAGAAAUUUUCAAACGGACAAAAAAUGUCGCUUGUCGAUUACGCUUCCUCUUCAGACGACGAUGUUCCAGAACCCAAUGAAGAAGAACGCAAGAAAGAGGAGGAACCCCAACCACCCCCUCCUCCUCCUCCUCGUUCUCAGACUAAAUCUGGAUCUUCGUCAAACCAGCAACUAGAAAAUAAACCUCACUCAUCUCUGACUUUAGUGGAGAAACUUCCUGAUGCUUCUCUUCUUUUGGAUGCACCCACUGUCUCAUCAGAUCUGAUGAGUGCUAGUGACCACUUCUCUCGAGUUGCUGCAGCUCAAGCUGAAAAUGCUUCCCGGAAGAGAGACUCAAAUGGAAUGGCCUCCUCCACUGUUCGUAGUAAAGUUCCCAAGGGAAACUUGCCUCAUUCAAGGAACGUUCCAGAAACUUCUGGUGGUAUGCUACUUCCACCACAGAUCAGUGGAAGGCAAAACAUUGUUACAGAAGACAUAAGCAAGCUCUUUGUUAAGAAACACCGCUGACAUUUACGUCGUAGAAGUUUGCAUAAUGAAAUCAGUGAUGGGUAAGAAAUGCACCCGAGUAUGUGGCACUCUACCUGGUUGAAAGUGCUUUCUUUUGUAGAAUGUGUACUCGUUUAACUUUUAAGCUUGUUUAUAUCAAUAGGUUGUACUUUUGUCUAGUUGAUCAUAGCCAAGUAAAAGAAAAUGGAGCGCAAAACCUGUUAUGGGUUAUUUGCUUCACGGCAAAUGAAUUGGGUUUUGUUAUAAUUUAGCAUUCUUGAGAGUACUAUGGAUGAUAUUUCCAUGCUUUGUUCAAGUUUUAUAAAUAUUCGCCGUCCUGCAAGGUAUUUUCAGAAGGUAAAAGCCCAUGCAUAAAGUAUGUGAA